GUUUCCUUUUAUCACUAGAAAAUAUAGAGAUCUUUGUACGUAUACCGCCAGUAGUAGCAGUAAUAGUAGUAAGACAACCCAUACCAUUCAUGAAUUACAGAUCUGACGUUAAGGUCCGCUGAUUCCCUUUGUCGCAAAAAUCACUGUUGUAAAUUCCUAUAUCUCGCAUCGAACAAAGUUAGCGGAAUAAUAAAAAGUUAGCAUCCCCACUGCUCCCAAAUGUCAAUCACACCAAUAUAUAUGUCACAAACCGGCCAUUAUAUCAAAAAUAUAUAUAUAAAAACUGGGUUCAGUAUUGAUAAGGGUGUUUCUGCUUCAAAUAUCAGUUUUCACAUAGAAUUAUAUCUUUGAUUAUAUAGCUAGGCUCGGAAGAUGAAUAUUGAAGGAAGGAGAAGGGGAGGUGAGGAGUCAGAAGACGAAGGGUAUGAGGUUGAGAAGGUGACAUGGAAGAGGCCUUUCAAGGCGUUGCUAAGAGAGAUGAGUGUGAGUGGGAUUGGAGGAGACCCCGCUUCCAACAGUGAAGGCAGCAGAUUGCAGCGCUUUGUCAUUCAUCCUGAUAACUGGUGGUACAUGAUAUGGAAACAUUUCAUACUGAUAUGGGCAGUGUAUUCGUCUUUCUUCACUCCCCUCGAGUUUGGAUUCUUCAGAGGCCUCCCAGAGAACCUCUUCCUCCUCGACAUUGCUGGUCAGUUCGCCUUUCUCAUCGACAUUGUCAUUCGCUUCUUCGUCGCCUAUCGUGACUCCCACUCCUACCGCAUUGUCUCCAACCGCAAUCUCAUUGCACUUCGCUACAUUAAGUCUCGCUUCUUCUUUGAUUUACUCAGUUGUUUUCCCUGGGAUGCUAUCUUCAAGGUUUCUGGUAGACGUGAGCUAGUGAGGUAUCUGUUAUGGAUUAGGCUAAGUCGAGCGCUCAGAGUGACAGAGUUUUUUGAGAAGUUGGAGAAAGAUAUUCGGAUAAAUUACCUUGCUACGAGAAUUCUGAAACUUUUUGUUGUUGAACUCUAUUGCACGCAUACGGCUGCCUGCAUCUUUUACUAUCUUGCUACAACCGUGCCUGCUGCAAAUGAAGGUUACACAUGGAUAGGAAGUUUGAAGAUGGGUGACUACACUUAUUCACACUUCAGAGAUAUUGAUCUCUGGAAGCGUUAUGUGACAUCUCUCUAUUUUGCCAUUGUUACCAUGGCAACUGUUGGUUAUGGAGAGAUACAUGCAGUCAAUGUCAGGGAGAUGAUAUUCAUCAUGAUUUAUGUUUCAGUUGACAUGAUUCUGGGUGCUUAUCUGCUUGGUAACAUCGCAGCAUUAAUAGUAAAAGGGUCAAAGACAGAAAAAUUUCGGGAUAAAAUGUCUGAGCUUAUCACAUAUUUGAAUAAAAACAAUAUUGAUAGGCAAACAAGUAAGGAGAUCAAAGGUCAUCUGCGAUUACAGUAUGAACGCAGCAUAACAGAAGGUGCUUUGCUUCAGGACAUUCCAGCCUCUAUUCGCACUAAGAUUUCACAGAACUUAUAUGAGCAGCAUGUUAAAGGAGCUUCUCUUUUCAAGGAGUGUUCUGAGGGAUUCAUCAAGCAGAUUGCAGCCCGAGUCCAUGAGGAGUUUUUUCUCCCAGGAGAAGUGAUUAUAGAACAGGGAAAAGUAGUAGAUCAACUUUAUAUCAUAUGUCACGGUGAAGUGGAGGAGGUAGGAAAGGUGGAUGAUGAUGAAACAGAAGAAUGUGUUAUGCGUUUGCAAGUCAAUAAAUCAUUUGGCGAGGUUUCUUUUCUUUGCAAUACUCCUCAGCCUUAUACAGUUCAAGUUCUUGAUCUAUGUAGGGUCUUGCGACUUGAUAAACAAUGUCUUAAAGAAGUUCUGGGGAUCUGUUUCUCUGAUGGGCGGAUUAUCUUAAACAAUCUCCUUGAGGGAAAGGACUCCAAUCUCCAAAGAAAGAUUUUGGAAUCAGAUAUCACACUGUAUAUUGCACAGCAAGAAUCAGAGCUGGCUAUGAGGCUUAAUUGUGCGGCCUAUGAUGGAGAUAUUUAUCGACUAAAACGUUUGAUCAACGCAGGAGCCAAUCCCAAUAAGACAGAUUAUGAUGGAAGAUCACCUUUGCAUGUUGCUGCAUCCAAAGGAUAUGAAGAUAUUACUCUUUUCCUUAUUGAGCAGAGAGUGGAUGUCAGCAUUUCAGAUAAGUUUGGAAACACUCCCUUGCUUGAAGCCAUCAAGAAUGGGCACGAUCAAGUAGCUUCUCUACUCGUUAAGGCAGGGGCAGCACCUACAAUUGAUGAUGCCGGUAGUUUUCUCUGUAUGAUUGUUGCAAGGAGGGACUUCGAGUUUUUAAAAAGGGUUUUGUCCAAUGGCAUUAAUCCAAAUGCCAAAAAUUAUGAUUGUCGAACACCACUUCACAUAGCUGCCUCAGAAGGGUUAUAUUUAGUGGCAGAAUUACUUCUAGAAGCAGGAGCAAGUGUUUUGUCAAAGGACAGAUGGGGAAAUACUGCACUGGAUGAUGCCCUUAUUGGCGGAAAUAAGAAUUUGAUCAAGCUGCUCAAAGUUGCAAGAACUUCUCAGUUGUCUGGGUUAUCUGAUUGUUCUCAAGAAAUUCGAGAUCAAAUGCGACAGAAGAAAUGCACAGUGUUUCCCUUUCACCCAUGGGAUCCCAAAGAGGAGAGAAGAGAGGGAGUGGUGUUGUGGGUUCCAAAAAGCAUUCAAGAGCUCAUCAAUGCAGCAAGGGAACAGUUGAAAUGUCCUAGUGGGAAUACUAUUUUAUCAGAAGAUGGAGGCAAAAUUCUUGACAUAAACAUGGUUACCAACGAUCAGAAGAUAUAUUUGCUCAAGUCUGUCCGGAAAUAAAUGAAGAACAGGAGAGUUUUCUUAGGCGCGUUUGGGCGAUUCCGCUUGGGCAGAGAAAGUGGAAGGACCUGGUCACACUUGAAACCCUUCACGCUUUUUGUGGUGGUCCCGAGCCAACAGUUGAAGCUCGAUGGUUAGAUGCAUACGCUCGUCGAUAGAUGGACAGUGGUAGGUAGAGGGCUUUGGUGAGGCAAGCCACUGCUGCUCACCUCAAGCAAUGAGGGGAGGCAUUAGCUUCUCCUUCUAAGGUGACGCCUCCUCCCAAAGUUGCCCCCAAAAGGAAGGGGACGGGUAAGGAUGAUCGUCCCGCUAAAAAAGGUGACGGGCCAAUCCGCCGUGACAAAUCAGGUGGAUUCGUCACAAAAGGCUCCUCCACCUUCGUGCCAUGGUGUUGGUAAAGGUUUGAUGAUGGCUCAAGGCCUUAUCGCUUCUGGCUCCAUCCAAAGGCUGGUGAGCCAUAAGGAAUAUGCCAUCGAGAUGGUCCACUCAAUCAUAAAGGACACAGACAUGGACGAGUGUGGCAAGCAUGGCAUUGAAGACUUGGGGGACUUUGGUCUUUUUGACCUGGUGAGGGUGAGUUUGCGUCAGGUUCGCCUCUUUCUUUUUUCGUGCAUAAAGUCUUUUAUAAUUGUCGUCUUUUGCAAGCCAUGGUAAGGAUGAAGGCUCUCCAAGCUAGGUGCGUUGCUAAAGAAGGCGUGGUCCGUCACCAAUAUAUCUAUUUAGAGCACAAGGUCGACCAGUUGAGUCAAUAUAAGGAAGCUACUCAUAUCCUCAACAUCGAGGUGAACAAGAAGAAGGUUGAGCUGGAGGCAACCACCCGUUGAUGUGAAGAUCUAGUCAAAUCAAACACUAACCUGAUGACAGAGCUGACCACUCUUUGUGAGCAGAUGGAGCAGUUAAGGCUGACGCUAUGGCGGAGUAUCGGACCUCUUAACCUUUUUAUGAUGAGUUGGGUGGCUUUUAUAGUGAUGGCUCUGAGGAUUGCCUUAAGCAGAUCGCCGCUCUUUACCUUAACCUAGACCUGUCCAAAGUGGUGAUUGACGACAUCGUUCCGCAGAAGCCUGGUAGCGCCAACGCUGUCAUGAACGAAGCCAACGGUGUUGUCCACUUGAUGGAGGGAAUGGUAAAGGAGCUUGCUUACGCUGAGAUUAACAGCCAGAACGUCCCUGAAGGCUAAACUGUUCUCGAAGGUCUGUCUGUUCCAGAGGGUUCGUUAGCUCCUAAAGGCCAAUCUAUCCCUGAUGCUCCUCUAGCCUAGCCUUGCUUUUUAUUUUUGUCAUUUAUUUUUGUGUUUUGUAAGAAUAAUUUCAAAACAAUGGAGUGCCCUGUUUUGGGCUUAUGUAUUAACUUUUAUUCCCGUCGGGUUC